UCACGCGGCUUUUUUUUUUGCUUUUUUUCUUUUUCCCAGAAUUUGUUACACGGUAGUAGAAGGAUAACCAGAGCUAAAUUUUCCCAGCGAGAAAAUCAGAGAACUCAAUUUUUCCAACGAGACAAUCAGAGAGAUAAAUUUUCCCGGCGAUAAAAUCAGAGAGAUUGGAGGUAUUUUCUUCUUCAUCUUGAACUUCAGGUUUUGGAGGUAAAAUAGUACUGUUCCAGAGAUGUCUGCUCCUAAUGAAGAGCUCAUUUUCUGGGUGUGGAAGUUUCUUAAUGACAAACGUUACGUAAGAACGGCUCACAUGCUUGAGCGUGAAAGUCAAUGUUUCUUUGACAUGAGAUAUUUUGAGGAGAUGGUGAUAAAUGGAAACUGGGAUGAAGCGGAGAAAUAUUUUUCUAGUUUCUCAAAAAUUGAUGCCAAUAGGCACUCAAAUGAAAUCUUUAUGCUGAUCAGGAAGUGCAAGUUCAUUGAGGCACUUGACAGAAAGAACAGUGCCAAGGCUGUAGGAAUCUUCAACAAGGAUAUCAAAGCAUUUAACAAUAGAAAUGAAGAUUUCUACAAAGAAAUGGUUGAACUUUUGAGAGUACAUGAUAUAUGGAAACAUCGUUCACUCUCCAAGCAUGAGAAGUUUGAGAAUCUAAAGAAGAGUUCAGUGCUACAACUGCGCCACACAAUUGUGAAAAAUCCCCUCUUCAUUGACAAGCUGAAGUUUCCUAGCAACUCAAGCCAAAGGUUGCAGUGUCUCUUUAACCAAAGGCUUGAAAGUGAAUGUUGCUUUGACAUGGGAAAGUUUGAGGAGAAGAUGCUAAGUGGGAACUGGGACGAGGCAGAGAAAUAUAUUUCUGAUUUCACACAAACUGGUUUCAAUAUCUACUCAAACAAUAUCUUUUUGCUAAUCAGGAAGUGUAAGUUCCUUGAGGCACUGGACAGAAAGGAUCAUGUCACGGCUAUUGAGAUCCUCGUGAACGAUCUUAUGAUGUUCAAGCAAAUUAAUGGAGAUUUCUUUGAACAAAUGGUUCAGCUUUGGAAAUUAGAUGAUAUAUGGAAACAUAAAUCAAUCUCAGAGUAUGGGGAUUUUGAGUCUCUAAGGAAGAUUACAGUUCUACAACUGAAGAACAUAAUUGAGGCAAAUCCUCUUUUAGUUGGCAUGCUGAAGUCUCCCAGCAUUGCAAGCCAUAGCAGUCUGCAAGAUGGUGAAUCAAGGGAAAUCUCAGAAACCGUGAGAAAGGCUACAUAUCAGAAAGAUGUGGAGGAUUUAAAAUGGAAAUCUUUGCUGCUGUCCACAUAUGUACUAGGAUACAACAUAUUGGGACUGACCUACACCAAUGAAGGUGAUGCAGUUUUGUCUCUAGCAAAAUAUUCUCAUCAACUUUGGCAAUGGCCAGGGCAGGUAAAUACCAUGGAUCAACCCUGGGUAAGUUUACUGGAUGGUGCUUUACGAAUGAACAAUGAAUAUGACGGCAUCAACCAGGAAGCAGUUCCAGCCUGCUUUGCUUUUAACAGAACUGAAUCAUAUCUCUAUUCAGCAUCUGAGGGGAAAGUUUAUGUGUUCGACAUGAAUACAUUAAAGAAAGCGGAUAGCAUCAUGAAUUUACCAUCUGCUGAAGCAAUAUGUAUCGCUAUCAACCCUCAAGAUGACAACACAGUUGCCAUUGGCAUGAACGAUUCCUCAAUAAUAAUAUAUAACCACCGUUCAAAGAGGGUUAAAGCUAAGCUUCAGGGUCACACUGGAAAGGUCACUGGUCUUGCAUUCUCCGAAACUCUGAAUAUGCUAGUUUCUUGUUGUAUUGGUCAAAAGAUUCUUGCAUGGAAUGUUAAUGGGUGGAAGAAAACGAAAAAGGAAACACUGUGUCUUCAAAGAAAGUCACACAUCCAUAUCCAGUUUCAUCAGGAUCAGCAGCAUUUCCUUCUUGUACACGCGGAUCGCCUUGCAAUUUAUGAAGCUAGUAAACUAGAAUGCGUAAAGAUGUGGCCUAAAAGAGUUUCUGCAUCAAUUUCCAGUGCAACAUUUUCAUGUGAUGGCCAAAUUGUAUAUGCCAGCUUUCGCAGCGGAGAUAUCGCCAUUUUUGAUGGUUUGACGUUAGAUCAGCUUUCUAAUAUUUCGUCCAUAGAGUACGUUGCUAAAUUCAGACCUUUUGGGUACACCCUAGUCAUUGCUGCACAUCCAAAUAAACCAUACCACUUUGCUGUUGGCCUCUCUAAUGGUGAUAUCUAUGUCAUUGAAGCAGAAGGUUUUGACCCUCCUGAAGCUCCUUCUGACCCCCCUAAAGAUUAGUAGAUUGAUAAUCUUCUGUUGGCCUCUACGUACUCAAAGUUGAAAGGUCCCAUAAUGGACUGAAAAAAAGAAGCUACUUUUUUAAGCAUGUAAAACAUGUAAAAUAUGCCUUCUUUUUGCUUUCUACUGGUGGAAUUAAGACAUAAUACACAAUAUCAAUGGGGAUUUCAAGCAAUUCUCUCUGCCUCCAAUAUGAUUCUAAAAAGUCGGAAGCCAUUUUGAAGAUUUGAAUGACUCUCUAAAAAAAACUGUCAAAUUUUAAUUUACUUCUCUCUCUCUCUCUCUCUCUCUAUAUAUAUAUAUAUAUAUAUAUA